AUGGGGGAGUCUCAGCCAGUGCCAAGGAUCAGGCGACGCAACAAGCAGCCGCAGAUGAGGCUGCUCGAGUUCUAUGUGAUCUCAGCUCAGGAGCUCAGAAGAGUCCGCAAAGACAUGAACUGCUUCGUCGUGGCCUACGUCUCCGCGGACAAGAAAGUGAAGACAGAGAUCGAUUUCGAGGGGAUAACGGAGCCGACAUGGCAGGAGAAGCUGAGCUUAGAGGUGGAAGAGGCGGCUUUCAAGGAGGAUAGCAACUCGCAGCUCACGUUUGAUAUCUUCUGCCCGGGGUUUCUGCGGGACAAGCUCGUGGGGACUGUGAGAAUCUCGCUGGUGGACGCCGUCAAGCCUUCCAACCAGCCGUAUCCGAUCAGCUCCUACCUGGUUUUCACUCCGGACGGCGACUCGCAAGGCAUGCUCAACGUCUGCGUUGCUCCCGGCGGGGUGUUUCCGAAACGCCUGGAUUUCUUGAGCUUCAAGAGAGUGAAGAGCAUUCACGGCACUCAGCUGGAGGCGGUUCCUUCUUUCAAGAAGUUCGAGGCCGAAGAAACCGAAGAAGAAUCGGGAGAACGAGUAUCAUUUCCAGGAGGGAUAGUAGCAAAUCUUCCAGGAGGAACUCUCGGAUAG